AUACCAGUAAAGUUGUAUACCACUCAAGUUGUGCUAUACUGUUCUAUGGCUAUACCAGUGACGGCGGUGGCGCUUGGUACCCGUGGYGACGGAGACGAGAUUUUCGUUAAUUCGUUUGUUUAUAAUCCAACCAUAAAGUGUUACGAUUGUUUCUGCCACCUCACCAUUUAUAGGUAGAUGGUAUUUUUGAUUCCAAUUUAAGUAUCUGAUAAUAUUAUACAACAAAGUACAACUGUUGUACCUAUAAAAUGUCUAUCGAUAAGGAAACGGUYCUCAGACCGCACAAGAACAGUAGCCGGCGGCAGACGUUCGAGAUGCCAGGAGGCGAAAAUGAGCGUGCCCGGCAGUCGAYUACGCAYGAGACUUACGGGCUACCUAAGACAGUCGAUGAAAAACCACUAAAUGAUAAAGAGAGAAAAAAGAAAGAAUUUGAAGAAUAUUUGUGGAAAACAAUGACUGAAAAAGUCAUGAAUGAUUUGGCAGCUAAAUCAAAGUCCCUUUAUGAUCAAAACAGACAAUUUGAAACAACAUACAAUAAUACAUUUAAAAUCAAAGGGUUCAAACCAAAAGAAAUAGGAGAACAACUGGACGAAGAAUUAUGCGCCAAGUAUCCAUUGUACAACACAAACGGUAUGUCCGUGCCGGUUAAUCGGUACGAGUACGAUAAAGCUAAGCAACCCAUUCACAAGCCUUUGGCGCAUCUAUUCAGAAAGGACAGCCGGUUCACAAGUCGAAUGAGCAACCCCAACGAUUAUCACGCUCCAGUUGAUCCAGCACACUUUGCUUUUGUUUAAAAAAAAAGUAAAAACGGUACUUUGAAUUUUGACGUGUACUUUGUUAUAUGUAUAUAUUAUUCCCAUUACUUUGUUAUUAUAUUUUACAAUAACCGUAAACAAUAUGGUUUAGAAAAUUAAUGUACCUACCAUUGUCAGUAGUUCAGUACACUGAUAAUAAGUCAUAUA